AUGUCCUGGGGGUUUGCACCUAUCUAUAACCAGCAGACAAAGCAGAAGGUUGGUGUCUGCGCAGGUCUCAGCGUGGGGCCGUGCGCCGUGGGCAGCACCAGUGAAGCAAUGGCACCCUGGGCAGCGGGGGUCCCCGAGCGGAGCCCACGGACUGAGGGGUCCCCGGCAGCGGCUUCCCAAGCUCACGGCUUAACUCUGUUCCAGGUGAUCACUGGAGGUCAUUAUGAUGUUGACUGUCGGUUGGAAGAUCCCGAUGGCACUGUAUUGUACAAAGAGAUGAAGAAACAAUAUGAUAGCUUCACAUUUACUGCAUCUAGAAACGGAACAUACAAAUUCUGCUUCAGCAACGAGUUCUCUACUUUCACACACAAAACUGUGUACUUUGAUUUCCAGGUUGGAGAAGAUCCACCACUGUUUCCUAGUGAGAACAGAGUAACUGCACUUACCCAGAUGGAAUCUGCGUGUGUUUCAAUUCAUGAAGCUUUGAAGUCUGUCAUCGAUUAUCAGACUCACUUCCGCUUGAGGGAAGCGCAGGGCCGCAGCAGAGCAGAGGAUUUAAACACAAGGGUGGCCUACUGGUCAAUAGGGGAAGCAAUCAUUCUUCUUGUCGUUAGUAUCGGGCAGGUAUUUCUCCUCAAAAGCUUCUUCUCGGAUAAAAGAACCACAACAACACGUGUUGGAUCAUAACUGGUAGUCGUAGUGCUUCAGGUCAUUGUGUGCUACUCAUCUGUAAAAAUUACUGUUCUCCAAUUAAUUGCAGGUACAAAGGAUCUGAGUAUAUGCAACAUUCAAAUGUGUCCACCCCUCAUCCCUUAAAAAACACAGAACAGACCCAAAAUGUUAUGAAAGGGACACAUG